CCUCCUCUGUUGUUUUCUCGGACCUCAAGCAAGACAUGAACUUGUUCAGGCCCCAAGAGGAUCAUAAGUGAGGGGGAGAGUUCAACGCAGAGUACGUUUUAUGCGUAUGUCGUUUUGUAGAUAUAUACCGUGAAACAUGUUGAAGGAGGAGGGGUGUUGAGCAUGGCAACCGGGAGAAGUGGCUAUUAUUAUUCCAUGUCGGCGUCCGAGAUGGACAGGAUCUUGCUCAGAUUCCGGCCGAUCGCUCCGAAGCCGGCUGCCAGUGGGUCGGCUUCUGGCGGAUCUAGUUCCUCGCCCGAGAACAGCGGGCUCUGUAACAUCAAGCCGGGGAUCAAAAAGAGGAGGAGACGCAGCAAGCGUGGGAACGACGACAGCAAGAAGCCCGCCUCACGACGCAACAGAAAACGAAAGCCGGGUUGUGAGGAGAAGAUCGUGUAUGGAUCAUCAGACUUGGGAGAGACUCCAGGACCUCGCUCCCUCAAAUGGCUCGGCUUCGGCAAUAAAGACGGAGCCCCCCCCAAAGAGAGCUACUUUCCCGAGAAGCCGUCGAUGAUGCCACGUGUGCUCAGUCCAGUGCAUCGGACGUCAGCUGUGCAGAACCAGGCGACGCCACGAAACUCAAUAGUGGCGUCAACGAUCACCGUCGAAUGGGUGGCCGACACGUGGGUGGCUUCGGAUGCUUUGGGGCGCACGGACGCCGAGAGGAGGAGCAACCUGGAGACAGACACGUGUCCGGGAUUCACAUCCGACGGUUGGGGAAGGGUCACGUGGGCUAACGGGGCGUUCAGGAGGAUGGUGGGUGCGGCGGAGGACCGGAGCAAGCUCAUGGUGUGGCUGGUGGCGAAGGAGGGAGCGCCUGAGACGGCGGCGUUCGCGUGCAGGGUGAGGAUGCAGUACGCGAGAAGUGGCGAGGGGAGAAGCUACUCGCUCACGCUGCCGUGCGAUGUGUGGAGGAUGGACGGCGGUGGUUUUGCAUGGAGGCUCGACGUCGACGCCGCUCUAACUCUCGGUUUGGGACUUUAAUUACAAAAUGUGGGACGCUUAAAAGUUGUGAAUAUUUGUUAAUAUCUGCUGUUUCGCAACAUAUUUGCGUUGUA